AUGUCGAUCGGGGAUGCUUUUCUAUGCUUACUAUUCAUCGCAACUUGUUCGAUUUCAGCUGUUUCUGCUGAUUCCAUCUAUGGCUGCGGUGGUUUUGUCGAGGCGAGCUCAUCGUUAGUAAAAUCGAGGAAGCAAACUGAUAACAAGUUGGACUAUUCCGAUGUCACGGUUGAGCUUCAAACUGUGGAUGGACUGGUAAAGGAUAGAACACAAUGUGCUCCAAAUGGAUACUAUUUUAUUCCAGUAUAUGACAAGGGUUCCUUUGUAAUUAAAAUUAAUGGACCUCCAGGAUGGACAUGGGAUCCAGAAAAGGUUCCUGUGGUGGUUGACAAUAACGGUUGCAAUGGCAAUGAAGAUAUAAACUUCCGUUUCACUGGGUUCACUAUAUCUGGUAGAGUUGUGGGAGCUGUUGGAGGAGAAAGCUGUUCAGUUAAAAGUGGAGGUCCAUCAAAUGUAAAAGUUGAACUAUUGACCCUUUCUGGGGAUCUUGUCUCUUCAGUCUUAACUUCAUCAUCAGGGAGUUACUUGUUUACAAACAUAAUUCCUGGAAAAUAUGAGCUACGUGCUUCAAAUCCUGAUAUGGAAGUUGAAGUUAAAGGUUCAACACAGGUUGAAUUGGGAUUUGGAAACAGGGUAGUAGAUGAUGUUUUCUUUGUCCCUGGAUAUAGUAUCAGUGGAUUUGUUGUUGCUCAGGGAAAUCCGAUAGUAGGAGUCCAUAUUUUCUUAUAUUCAGAUGAUGUUUCUGAGGUAGAAUGUUUGCAAGGUUCUGCUACUGGCCCACGACAAGGAAUGGCUCUCUGUCAUGCUGCAUCAGAUGCUGAUGGAAAGUUCACAUUCAAUUCAAUACCUUGCGCUGAAGUGGAGCCCUCUAAGGAGCUUCUGAAACAUGUUAUUAACGUGUCCCAUAGGGAGUGGAGCUAUGAACUUGUGCCCUACUAUAAGGGUGAGAAUACAGUAUUUGAUGUUUCGCCACCCAGUGUCUCAGUUAAUGUCAAGCAUCAGCAUGUAACGGUCCCUCAAAAAUUUCAGGUAACUGGAUUUUCUGUUGGAGGACGGGUAGUUGAUGGAAAUGGCAUGGGAGUAGAGGGUGUCAAAAUCAUUGUUGAUGGUUAUGAAAGGUCUAUUACUGAUAAUCAAGGAUAUUACAAGCUUGAUCAGGUUACAUCCAAGCACUAUACCAUACAGGCUCAAAAGGAGCAUUACAAAUUCAAGAAGUUGGACAAUUAUAUGGUAUUGCCAAAUAUGGCUUCAAUAGAAGACAUGAGUGCCAUCUCAUACAAUCUUUGUGGUUUAGUUAGGAUGGCUAAUGGUGAUCUGAAAGCAAAGGUGGCUUUAACUCAUGGACCUGAUAAUGUGAAACCACAAAAGAAGCAAACAGAUGAAAAUGGAAACUUCUGCUUUGAGGUUCUUCCUGGGGAAUAUCGGUUGUCAGCCAUUGCUGCAAAUCCUGAGAAUGCUGCAGGACUCAUGUUUUCUCCGUCUUAUAUUGAUGUUGUGGUCAAAAGUCCCUUGUUGAAUAUUGAAUUUUCACAAGCUCUGGUCAAUAUUCAUGGUGCUGUAUCCUGCAAGGAGAAAUGUGGUCCAUUUGUAUCUGUUAAUCUGGUGAGACAGGUUGAGAAACAUAAUGAAGAGAGAAAAACAAUUAGCUUGACCACCGAGAGUUUUGAAUUUCAGUUUACAGAUGUCAUUCCUGGAAAAUACAGGCUUGAGGUCAAACACAGUUCCCCUGAAUCCAUCACCUUGGAAGAUAAUUGGUGCUGGGAACAGAGCUUCAUAGAUGUAACUGUUGGUCCUGAGGACUUAGAAGGAAUCCUUUUUGUUCAAAAAGGCUACUGGGUCAAUGUUAUCUCCACUCAUAAUGUUGAUGGUUACCUGACUCAACACGAUGGGUCCAUUGUGAAUUUGAAAAUUCAGAAAGGUUCCCAGCAUAUAUGUCUAGAACAUCCUGGUGUACAUGAUUUUCAUUUUGUUGACUCUUGUAUCUUCUUUGGGAGUUCAUCGGUGAAAAUUAAUACAUCUGAUCAAUCGCCCAUCCAUCUUACAGGAGCAAAGUAUCUUCUUAAAGGACAAAUAAAUGUGGAUUCUGGCUCACUUGAUGCAUUGCCUGAGAAUAUAGGUGUUGAUGUUAAACAUGACGGAGCUGGUGUUAUUGACUAUGCUACAGCCACACUGAAGUCCUAUGCGAAAGAUCAAAAAGAUACUGCUAUAUUUGAGUAUUCCGUUUGGGCCAAUCUAGGAGAAAAACUUACCUUUGUUCCUUGGGACUCAAGGAAUGAUGGGCAGAAGAAACUUUUAUUUUAUCCUAGAGAACAUCAAGUAUCAGUGACAGAUGACAAUUGCCAAGCUUAUAUCCCUACAUUUUCUUGUCAAGUGGGUGCAUACAUUGAAGGAUCAGUUUCACCUCCCCUUUCUGGCGUCCAUAUCAGAGUUUUUGCUGCUGGGGGGAGCAGCAUUACUGCACUUAAAAGUGGUGAACUAGUUCUUGAAACAACCACUGAUACUGAUGGUUCCUAUGUGGCAGGACCUCUGUACAAUGAUAUUGGUUACGAUGUUGAGGCUUCAAAGCCUGGAUAUCAUUUAAAACAAGUUGCGCCUCAUUCCUUUACUUGUCAGAAGCUUAGUCAAAUUUUUGUACACAUACAUCACAAAGAUGAUGCUAAAGAGUCUAUUCCUUCUGUUCUGUUAUCUUUGAGUGGUGACAAUGGUUACAGAAACAACUCAGUAUCAGGGACUGGAGGGACAUUCCAGUUUGAUAAUUUGUUUCCUGGAAUGUUCUAUUUGCGUCCUGUUUUGAAGGAGUAUGCUUUCUCACCUCCAGCACAGGCAAUAGAGCUUGGAGCAGGGGAGUUCAGAGAAGUUAUUUUCCAGGCCACACGUGUAGCCUACAGUGCUACAGGUGUAGUCACUCUGUUGUCAGGUCAACCCAAAGGAGAAGUUUCAGUUGAAGCCCGGUCAGAAUCAAAAGGCUAUUUUGAGGAAACAGUGACAGAUUCUUCUGGAAAUUAUCGUCUAAGAGGAUUACAGCCUGAUACUGUCUAUGUUGUCAAAGUGGCAAGAAGGGAUGCUGUAGGCAGUUCUAAUGUAGAACGUGCAUCUCCAGAUUCUAUUGCUGUGAAGGUUGGAAAUGAGGAUAUCAAGGGUUUGGAUUUUAUAGUUUUCGAGGAGCCCGAAAUGACAAUUAUAAGUUGCCACGUUGAAGGAAAUGGUACAAAUGAACUACGUAAACAUCUAAUGGUAGAAAUCAGGUCAGCUAGUGACCUUAACAAGAUAGAGUCCGUCUUCCCCCUGCCAAUUUCUAAUUUCUUCCAAGUGAAGGGCUUAUCAAAGGGAAGACACCUUCUACAGCUUCAAUCUGGUCUCCCACUAAGUUCCCUUAAAUUUGAGUCUGAUAUCAUUGAGGUUGACUUGGAGAAAAAUGUGCAAAUCCAUGUGGGCCCUUUGAGAUACAGGAUCGAAGAUCAACUGAAGCAGGAGUUGACUCCUGCACCAGUAUUCCCUCUUAUAGUUGGAUUCCUAGUUGUCGCGCUGUUUAUUAGCAUGCCAAGAUUGAAGGAUUUGUAUCAAGCCACAGUAGACAUACCCACACCAGGACUCAAUGCGGCUUCAAGAAAAGACGUGAAGAAGCCAAUGUUGCGAAAGAAGACCUAUUAA